AAACUCUCUUCCUCUCUGGGCUCGGACCGGCAACAUGGCCAAACGUACCAAGAAAGUUGGGAUCGUCAGUAAAUACGGGACCCACUAUGGGGCCUCCCUCCGGAAAAUGGUGAAGAAAAUUGAAAUCAGCCAGCAUGCCAAGUACACUUGCUCUUUCUGUGGCAAAACCAAGAUGAAGAGACGAGCUGUGGGGAUCUGGCACUGUGGUUCCUGCAUGAAGACAGUGGCUGGUGGUGCCUGGACGUACAAUACCACUUCCGCUGUCACGGUAAAGUCCGCCAUCAGAAGACUGAAGGAAUUGAAAGACCAGCAGACGCUCCUCUACUCUUUGAGACAUCACUGGCCUAUAAUAAAUGGGUUAAUUUAUGUAAAAAAAAAAAAAAAAAACAAAACUGGCGGGGUGCCCUCACCUAGGGGGCACGGCAUUCGCUCGUUCAGUGCUCUCAACUGGGGGGGCAAGCGUUUGACCAUGCAGUGCCCUCACCUGGGGGUACAAGUUCGCCCGUUCAGUGCCUUCACAUGGGGGUACGUGUUCGCCGGUUCAGUGCCCUCACCUGGGGGCACUCUGGGCUCUUUACUUGCUCUGACGGCGGUGGGCCCCGAUGAUGCCAAGGUCGCGGAAACAACAGGGCCCACCCCGGGCCGCGGCCGCGUUCCCGCGCCUGGAGGCUCCGGAGAGGCCGGCGGGAGGCGAGACAAUGCAGCUUCCCCGGGGCCCCGAACUCAGGCUGGGCCGAGAGGCGCGCGCGGGGGAUAG